UCUAGCUAUCACAUCUGUUCUUCCACAACAUACUUUCAGGCACUCAAUGUAUGCAGUGUUGCUGUGAUUAUGUGUAAAACGGUUUUAUGUCAUCUCUUUUGAUUUCCACUUUUGGUAUAAAUUAUGGAUUUAGUGUAAUACUUUGCAACGAAUCUCCUAACAUCCCAUUUAGAGUGCUUCGAAUGCGUUUCUCACGAGGUCCCCGCCUGAUUGUCUACGACAACGCUUGCAAUUUGCAUUCACAUUGUUUAAAUCGGGAUCCUGUCUUUUUCAAGAACUCUCAGUUCCUUUUGGAUCGAUUGCAUUGGCGAGAUCCUACAGGUUGCUCUGAGGCUUACAACCUCUCCCGUUUUCGUCAGUGGGACACCUAUAACAGUCAGGCAGCAAAACAAGCCAAUUCAUGCUUGAAGUCUCUCAAAGAAUCAUUGUCAUACAUCAACAAGAAUUUUAUGAUCUUCCGCUACGUUGAUCGAUCAUAACAUUUUUGUUAACACACCUCACAAACUUCUUGUGAGCGGAAACAUUAUCUCUGAUGUUAGUGAUCACUUUUCGCAGUUCUGUAUCACUACGUCAGCGAAAGACAAACUUUUACAAGUUAAAAUUAUGAAAAGACGUGACUAUUCAAAAUUCUCCGCUGAUCUCUUUAACGACGAGCUGUCUAAAGUUUAAUGGAAUCAAAUAAUGGCAAACGUAGGCCAUCAUAUCAGAGAAAGCUGUCGAUGGAUGUGGCGUUCCUCAGGCAUCAAUCCUUGGACCGUUGCUCUUCUCGUUAUUUUUCAAUGAUAUUCACAGAUGCUCGAACAAAUUUAGGUUCUACCUAUUUGCAGACGACACUAACAUACUGUAUGCGGACAAAAAUCUGAAAGAUCGUGAGACAAUUGUCAACAUUGAGCUACAAAACCUGUAUAGCUGGUUGACAGCUAGCAAACUAACUCUUAACAUCAAGAAAUCCAACUUUGUAAUUUUUCAUCCCUAUCAAAAGCGACUUGCUUACCAACCAAAACUUUACAUGUUUGAUAAUGAUAA